AUGUCUGGUGAGGCUGGUGUAUCAGCCUUUCCUGACGGAGAGGAUAUGAUGAAAUGGUUAGCUACAAUCCGUGGCCCAGAUAAUACGGUUUAUGAAGGCGAGAUAUAUAAACUAUCCUUGGAGUUCGGUAAUACCUACCCGUACAUGCCUCCGACCGUUCGUUUCAUUUCACCCUGCUUCCAUCCUAACGUUGACGCCCGUGGUAACAUAUGCCUGGAUAUCCUAAAGGAGGAGUGGUCCGCCUUGUAUACUGUGAAAAGUAUUCUUCUCUCAAUCCGGAGCCUCCUUGCCGAACCGAACAAUAAAAGCCCUUUAAAUGGUCAAGCGGCUCAAUUAUGGCCUGACCAGGAGAGCUUCCGGAAGGCACUCGUCAAGUUCCAGUCAACAGCAAUGCAUUCGGGUGAUGCAGCCGCCGCUGUUGAGUAA